AUGCGUUCUGUUACUAUUACUCGAAGCGCGAGGCUCAAGAUCCUUAGGCCUCGUGCUCUCAAUGCAUCUGCAAGGCGAUACUUGACUAUGCUGAGUCCUCCCAGAUUUGAAAACGAGAAGAUGCUUGACUACGCAAAAGGCUCUCCAGAAAGAGAGGAGUUGACCAAGACCAUCAAGAAACUCAAAGGACAAUUUCCUUUCACGAUUCCUAUAACUAUUAAUGGUUCAGAGAUAACCACCAAAGGAUCUCGCUCCCAACCGAAUCCGUCAAAGCACAGCGAAAUUAUCGCAAACUACGCCUCUGCAACCCCAGAGCAAGUCAAUGCUUCUAUCGACGCAGCCCUCAGUGCAAAGCCCGCCUGGGAAGCUACCCCCUUCGAAGACCGUGCCGCCAUCUUUCUUCGAGCUGCCGAGCUUGUUACUGGCAAAUAUCGGUCCGAAAUAGUUGCAGCCACAAUGCUUGGCCAAGGAAAGAACAUCUGGCAAGCAGAGAUCGAUGCCGCUGCCGAGACAGCUGAUUUUUUCCGCCACUACAUCCAAGAGGCAUGGGCCCUGUUCUCCCAGCAGCCUAGGGUUCAACUCGAUGGAAACUGGAACAAGAUGGAGUACCGCCCACUUGAGGGUUUUACAUACGCCAUUGCUCCUUUUAACUUCACUGCGCUCGGCGCAACGCUUAUUGGACCUGCUGCAUUACUUGGUAAUGUCGUUAUCUGGAAGCCUUCAGACGCGGCGCUUCAUGCCGGCUGGCUGCUUCAUAAAAUUUUGCUUGAGGCUGGUCUGCCUAAAGAUGUUAUCCAAUUUUUGCCUGGUGAUGCCGAACAAAUCACCAACACAGUGCUCAAGAGACCAGAGUUUGGAGCUCUGACAUUUAUUGGGGCCACUGCUACGUUCAAGGGCAUUCAAAAGAAGAUUGGCGAUGGGAUUGGUGCAGGUAUCUACAACUCCUACCCUCGAGUGGUCGGCGAGACCGGCGGCAAGAACUGGGGCGUCGUUCAUCCGUCCGCAGAUGUGAGGAGUGCGGCGUUGAACACCAUUCGCGCAGCCUUUGAAUACCAGGGCCAGAAGUGCUCUGCCAACUCACGUGUUUACGUUGCAGAGUCUGUUUGGCCCGAGUUCAAAAAGGUCCUAACAGAAGAGACCGCAGCUCUCAAGGUGGGAGAUGUCGAAGACUAUAGCAAUUUUAUCAACCCAGUUAUUCACGAGCGCUCAUUUGACAAACUCAACAACUUCAUCGAAGAAGCAAAAAGCGACUCGCAGCUGGAGCUAAUCGUUGGUGGAAAGGCUUCCAAAUCAGAGGGCUAUUACGUGCAUCCUACCGUCUACCGGACCUCCAAUCCCCACCAUAAGAUCAUGUCCGAGGAGCUAUUUGGGCCUGUCCUUGGUAUCUAUGUUUAUCCAGAUGCUGAAUGGGAGCAAACAUUGAAGCUGGUUGAUACAACCUCUCGCUAUGCAUUGACUGGAAGUAUCUUCGCCAAGGACCCUUAUGUCAGCCGUCAGGCACAAACUAUUCUCAAGCACGCGGCUGGUAUGCUGUAUUUGAAUACAAAGUGUACUGGCUCUACUGUGGCCCAGCAGCCAUUUGGUGGUAGCCGGGACUCGGGUACAAACGACAAGACUGGGACUAUGGCACAUCUACAGCGGUUCGUUAGCGUUCGCACAAUCAAGGAAGAGUUUGUACCGCUAGAAAAGGUAACAUAUCCUUCGAACGAGGUUUAA